AUGGUUUCUUUACAAAAACUUCUCUCACUCGCUGCAAUUGGCAGUGGAGUCAGAGCCAGUGCGCCAGUUGUUACAGACUCUCCAAAGGGAGCUAAAUAUUCUGCUGAAUUUGAAAAAGGUGUCGUUUCAGGAGAAAUCGACUUCAGCUCUUCCUCGAAUGGGUCAGUUAGUGUCAACGUCGAUUUAUCGGGCUUACCAUCGGUCGGAGGCCCAUAUAAGUAUCAUGUUCAUCAGCUACCGGUUCCAAGUGAUGGAAAUUGUAACGGAACCAAGCUUCAUUUGAAUCCAUACAAUGGGAAUCCAAAUGCUACUCAACCCAACGAAUUAGAGGUGGGUGACUUAUCAGGAAGACAUGGCGUUCUUACCUAUACUGAUAGUAAAGUUUCAUAUGUUGAUGAUUAUAUUUCAUUGAACGAGGAUAACAAAGCUUUCAUUGGGGGAUUGUCGGUAGUUAUUCACUUCAGCAAUGACACCAGACUUGCUUGUGCUAAUAUCACCUCUAAUAGUUCGUCUUCUUCUUCUACAGUUGCUUCAGCAGAAGAAAAUGCCGGGAAUUUAUUGACCUCUUCUUCAAUGUUCUUAGCUGGCGUGUCUGUUAUAACUGCUCUUUUGAUUUAA